UUCCAUUUUGUCGCAAAUACUGUGCAGUCARCAUGUUAACGUCGAAGCUUAUUUUGGUCGUUCUGAUCUUUGGUACGGUAAACGCCUACCACCCAGCUCAUGGCAAACAGCCACACAGAAAAGUUCUCAUACUAGGAGCUGGUCUGUCUGGAAUUGUUGCUGGAAAAACCUUACUGGAUAAGGGUAUURACGAUUUCUUGAUUCUUGAGGGUCAGGAUUAUAUUGGAGGCAGAAUAAAACAGGGAGAUAUAGAUGGCUUCAAAAUCGAGCAAGGAGCGAAUUGGAUUCACUUCGCAGAUGAUGAAGAAUCGACUCCUAUUUGGAAUAGAAAAUUAGAACAAGGUAUCAGGGGUAUGUGGAGCAACUACUCCGACUUGAUCAUCAGAGACCAAGAUGGCAAUGAUAUUACMGACCGUGACGCUUAUGACAAACUCCUUGAGGUGAUGUCACACGUGGAAGAUGCCCAAGAAACCAGGAAGCAACCAAACAUCCCAGCUCGAUUGUGGCUAUCGCUGAAUGGUUGGAAACCGCAAACCCCUGCMCAAUWUGCCAUCGAAUACYUUGAAAUUGACUUUGAAMAUUCUAAAAGAGCUGAGCUUGUGCCKUUUAAUGSGCUAUUUGAGAAAGGAACRGAUUUCUUUGUAACAGAUCAAAGAGGUGUAUGGGGACUUUACAAGGAUCUGGAGGAAGAGCUUAGGAAAAAGAUAGUAUUAAGGACUACUGUGACUGGGAUUGAAUACAGUAACAAGAUGGUCAAGGUGACAACAAGCGAUGGAGAAGUGUAUACCGCUGACUAUGCAUUGUGCACAUUCAGUGCUGGUGUACUGGCAAGUGACAUGGUGACAUUCACACCACCCUUGCCAAAAUGGAAGCAAGAGGCCAUAUUGACGAUGCCGAUGUCUGUUUAUACCAAGAUAUUCCUAAAGUUCCCGAAAAAGUUCUGGGAUGAUAAGGAAUUUAUAUUGCAUGCUGGCCAAACACGUAGGUCUUUGUCAGUGUUCCAGGAUCUACAAAGGCCAGGAAUAUAUCCCAAUAACAGUGGUCUGUUGCUGGUCACUGUUACCGGUGACGAAGGAAGAAGGAUUGAGAAACAAUCCUUUGAAGAUACGAAGGCAGAAAUGUCCAAAAUGCUAAAAGGCGUUUAUGGACAAGAUAUUCCCGAACCAACUGAUAUCUUUUAUCCACGUUGGUCGCUGAAUAAGUUCGUUCGAGGAAGCUACGCAGAAGGAGUUGUAGGUAUGACGGAAAAAACUCAGAAAUUGUUGACGAGAAAUCUCGAAAACCUAUACUUUGCUGGAGAAGCGACGAGUGCUGACUGGUACGGAUACAUGCAAGGUUCGUACUUCACUGGCAAGAGACAGGCAAAGAGGAUUGCUAAGGCAAUCAGAAGACGACAAGCAGAAAAGUAACUCGAUCGUUUUUAGUAUCAUGUUCUCAUAAUGCAUAUGAGAUUGUAUACCAAUAAAUGAGAAAUCGUGUUCA